CCUGUAGGUGAAUUGACAUUUGUUCCUUUUACACGUCCCUCCUUUGCUCGUUCCCGGAACGAAAUUGGAAUAUUAACGUCUCAUUGCCUCCCCAGCCCGCACCCCCCUCGACCACGAAAUGGACUGAACGCAGAGAAUUCACGACGCAGGCCUCAUUUCUGUUUCAAUUACCACCGCGGCCCCCUCUGGACAACUUAAAAAAUCCAGGAUGCUGGUGGCUAUGGCCAAUUGCCAGCCCCAGCCGGCACAACCCCCCACCCUCCCUGAACACAAAAAAACGGGCGCAUUCCAUUCCAGCUGAUAUAUAGGUGGACAAUUGAGAACUGCUGAGCGUAGAAAACCAUAAAUUAGAUCAGAGUCCAGGGUCGCGAUGGUUAAAAUAUGAUUGAAACUUUGUCAUGACAGAAUAUUACUGAUCAAUCAUCCGUUGGCUACUUUAAUCGGUUUCCGAGAGAAAUUUUAAAGAAAUAUACUGUAGGCAAGUGCGUAUAUAUCAGGCUAGUUUAUACAUAAGUGGACACUUAUUACAAUAACACUUUAAAGAUUGGACUUUAAACUCGUAGGGAGGUACGUCAAAGCAUACAAAAUGACCAACAAUUUGAAGAUGGAUAAAAAUGACGUGGGCUCAGGGCGGACACCCCUACCGCCUGCCUGCGGCCUCUACCUGCUCUUCUGCUGUUCGUGGUUCUACCUGGGGCCGGACUUGGCCCAUGCCCGCGACUUCACAGCCCAUGACGUAGUCAAGCUGUACCCUUCGACAACACCGCACCCGGGUGGAUUUAAAUGCUUCACAUGUGAAAACGCCAGAGAUAACUUUGAGUGCAAUCGCUGGGCUCCUGACACGUACUGUCCAAAAGAGAGCGAAUACUGCCACACGCGGCACGUGAUGGCCAUGGAUGGCCGAGAGAGCGUGCUGGUCAGCAAGAGGUGUUCCCAGCUCAGAGACUGCCUGCCUGUGGGAUGCCAGCGCAUAAGCAACGGGUGGAUCGAGUGUCUUUCAUGCUGUGAAGGGUCCAUCUGCAAUCUGCCUGUGCCAUACAAUGACUCACAAGCAAUAUUCGUGACCAUCUCACUGAGCAGUCGGGUCACACCAGUGGUAGCACACCUUCAGGGAGUCUAUGGAGGCUACCUUGCUUGGCUGUGGGUUUAUACUAUAAUGCUGGAAUCAAAUACUUGGUGAUAAACUCUCUGCACCAUUAUCAAAGUAUAAAAAAAUAUAUACUUAAAACUGAGAUGUGCAUUUAUCUAAUAUUAAAGUUGUACUUUUUGCACACCCACAUAACUAGACAUACAUUUAAGUGCGGCAAACUUUCAUCCCCGUGCUCUGGGGAAUCUAAACAGCAGACACCAUUCUCCCAUAAAGUAAUACAGUAUUCAGAAUUAAUUCAAUCCACAUAAUGAAAGUAACACUUAAAUAAAUACAUCUCUCGAUUAACUGCAAAACAGAUGUUUUAUUUCACAGCUGUAUUUAAUAUACAGUUGAAUCGUUUAAAGCUGCAGUAAAUAUGAAACCACACAACAAAGCAUCAACACCUUGCCUUGGAACAUUAAUCUUUGGUUCUUUCGGUAAAGUUACGUGACUUUACUGUCACGUGACUUUGUAGCCAACAUUUUCAUGGAGAAAUAAGAGACUAACGCCAUCCAGUCUGCCACUCUGCGCCCAACCUUAUGGAAGAGGUACGUGGAUGACACUUUUGUCAUCUGGCCACAUGGCCGGCCUGCUCUAGACCAAUACCUCGACCACAUCAAUUCCAUACACCCACCCAUCAGAU